CAAAGAAUCAAAAACAUCCCAGCACUCAUUUGCUUUAGUUAAUGAAUUAAAUGAAAUGGUAAAGCUACAAAACACAAGUGGUGAAGUCAAAUAGAAGGAUCACAGGAAGGCACAAUGAGAGUGUGUUUUAAGAAGAGUCUUAAAGGAGGUGAUAGACUUAGCCAUCCCACCUAUGUAGUGUCAAAUAGGCUACAACCUACUCAAACUAGUGAAACUACAGUGGGCUUCUUUCCCCCUGUGGUUAGGCUUCACUGUGGGUCACAGCUGGAAAGUUUGAAGUGGCCAAAAAGACUAAAGAGGGGAGAGAAACAGGAAAUGAAGGCAAACUAAUGAUUUAAAACUCACAAGACGGUUAUCAGCUCACGCCCAAAUCAAACAAGUGAAACCCAGCAGAGCAGAAAGCUAUUUUUUUUCCCUCUCUCUGCUAUUCUGACCUCUACUGUCCGUGUUACUUCCGUGUUGUGCUCACUGCUCACCUGCUCACCUGUUCCACCUGUAUUACAGUGUAGUGCUGUAGUGAACAGGUAGGUUGCGAAUCCAGCUCUGCCGGUGCACCUGCUGCAUUACUGUGCCAUGACGGAGGAGCUCAUGACGUGUGAUUUAACAUGCCCGUCUUCACCGGAGAAGACUUUGAAUGGUUUGAAAACUAAGGAGAUGGAUUUUGAGCAGCCUAUUUUCUCGGCGUUGAGCGGCGGUGUGAAGCAGCAGCAGCAGCAGCAGCAGCAGCAGCCGGUACCGGAGGACACCUCGACCUCACCGGCUGCUGCGACCACCACCGACUCCGAGUCCGGGAUCUUCUCCGUUGAAGGUGAGCUCUGUGUGGAGCAUGAAGCCGAGCUGGACUGGUUCUGUGGCACCGAGCAGAGACUCAUCUGCUCUCACUGCGCCAUCGUGGGCCCCUGCCACGGACACACUGUGACCCCUCUGGCCACCAGAGUAACCGCAGUCAGGAACCAGCUGGUGGAUGUGUGUGAGAAAAUGCAGCUGCAGGCACUGAGGAUUGAGAGGUUUAUCGACCAGACGCUGACAGACAAAGAGCAAAAGCUUCAGGUAGCGGCGAACAGGGCGAGGGAGCAGAUCCUGGCUCAGGUCAGCGCAGCGCGUGAAGCCCUGGAGGAGGAGGAGCAGCGUCUCCUGGAGGAGGUGCAGAGAGAGGAGGAGCGGGUGGAGCAGUGUCUCCUCACCCAGAGAGCUCACUGGAGCCAGGCCAUGGCGAGUCUGUCGCAAACACGCUCUGGCCUGGUGCACACGCUGACGCACACUCCAGACGCACAGCUGGUGACUAGUGUCCAGGAGAUAGCUGACAGGGUGGAGGAGGCGGAGGGAGUCGGGGAGCCCUGUGACACAAACCAGCUCAACCUGAGCCCAGCCUGCAGUGACAGCAAGCUGCUGAGAGGUCUGUGGGCCACUGCAGUUCUGCUGGGGCCAAACGCUUAUGGAUCAUCUAAUUUAAAGUUUGAUGAGCGCACAGUGAGCCCUCUCCUGUCCCUGUCUGACGACUUCUACACUUUGACCUUCGUUCACAAAAAAGCUCGCUUAUCCCCGCCGUACGACCCCGCACGCUUCGACUGUUGGCCCAACGCGCUGGGUUCACUCUCCAUGUCCUCUGGCACCCACAGCUGGGUGGUGGAUGUGGGCCAGAGUGGUGCCUUUAAGGUCGGGGUCUGCUACACCUCUCUGGAGCGCAAAGGCUCCGGAGACGAGGCCCGGCUGGGCCACAACAGUCAGUCUUGGGUGCUGUCUCACUACGACGGCGAUUACUCCUUCUGCCACGCAGGGAAGAAGGAGCCCCUGCAGGUUGGGAGGAGACCCCAGAGGAUCGGCCUGCUGCUGGACUGGCCGAGUCACACGCUGAUGUUUUACGAGCCGGACUCCAGCGCCGUGCUGUACUCUGUCACGCAUCACUUCAGUGCCCCGCUGCUGCCGGCGUUUGCCGUGACUGACCGCAGUAUCACCAUACUGCACUGACACACCGCACACUAAACUAAAUGACCUUAAACAUGUGAAGAAAUGUCUGUCUCUUAUGUAGAUAUGAUCAGCAGCUAAAGAUCCUACAUCUGAUGGUGCAGUUAUUUCUAUUUAUUUUAUUAUCUAUUCUUUUAGUAGCUGCUGAUUCUUUUAUUUUCUUUUAUUACUGUUUUUAAUGAUUAUUUUGAUUAAAAGAUAAUCAGAUAAUUUUACUUUAUCUGUUGAUCAUAUUAUACAGUAGUGCUGUAACUGUAUUUUGUUUGACUGAUGAUUGUUUUUUAUGUUUUGAAUAUGAUUGUUUUCAGCAUCAGUUUGAUCUCUCAAGGCUCUUAAUAGAAAGUAUUAAUUAUACUGGUUGAUCCAGGACUGUUUUAAAUGUUGUGUGACAAGGAAACUCACUACAGAAAUACUUGAGAUCAUUUUGAUAUUAUAUGUGCCAUAAACCAAUUAUUACA